AUGACCUCUAAGGAAGCGGACGAACAAUUCGGGAGAUAUGCGAAGUCCAUUGGGAAGGGAGUUCCAUCCGAGUUGCUCUCCGAGAUUAUCGAGUUCUCGAGUGAUGCGAGCCGCAGAGAUUGGUUCGCGAAACGCAAUACGGUACCGUUUUGGUACGAGAGAUUUGACAAAGAUGGAUUGACGCAGAAACUGAGCAUCCUCGCGGAUGUAUGGGUUGAAGUGAGUAAAUCGAACAUGGUCGCAGGAAUCCCGACUGACCUGACAACUUCGAAGUGCGAAGAUAACAUUAGGCGAGCAGCCCACCACGUCGAUCGUGCCCAGAAGCCCGCAAACAAAGAGCUGGUCCUAGCCUUUGGAGUCUACAAGUUCAAACAAUAUACCAAGUGGGAGCUGGUACCACACCCAGCCCGUUACAACAGGAGCAGUGGGACACAGACGAUGAUAUGCGUUGCUUUAGAGGAUCUUAGCCCGAGUAACGGCUUCCCAUUUGAAUUACAGUGCGGUCAGGACGUCUGCAUUGAUGGCGGUGCCGAUUUAUUUCUGCCCCCAACAGGAGGGGGCAUGGCCGUCCUCAUCUGGAUAGAUCUAUGA